AGUUUACGUGCGCGCUCCUGGUAUCGCGUGGUGGAGCAGAGCGACCAUAUUGCUGCUAGUGGCUGAGGAAGGCUUGUUGUCCCCCUCGAGACAUCUCCGGACGCGGAUUUAGCCUUUUUUUUUUUACAUGUUUUAACCGAGCGUGAACCUCUCUGCGUCUUAGACUGAAAACAUUUUGGUUUAAGAGCGACACGCUUCACUUUUUUCCCCCCCGAGAAACCUACUCGGUCACGGGGAGGGGAAGGUGGACUGGUAAUCCCGAAGCGGCGGCGGCGGCGGCGGGGGGGGGGAGGAAGGAAAGGAAGACGCUGGUUGGGGAAAUGGCCGCUCAGGUGGAGGCUCUCCUGCCGGGCAACCCGCUCAUUAAAGCCGAGGAGCACGGCAAGGUAAUCCGCGGCGAGCCGGAGGAGGACGACGUCGCCGGGCUGGAGCGAGGGAGCCGCGAUCCGGAGGCGGGCGAGGGGGGCUCUGACAGCGAGGCCCGGCCGGGCGAGGACAGCGCGGAAGGCAGCAAGGAGUUUACCGAGGCCCCCCCGCCCAAGGUGAACCCGUGGACGAGGAAGAUGAACGCGGUGACGGUGGUCAGCGUGAACGGGCAGGCACAUCACGAGUCAGUUGGUCCCGCCAAGGUGGUGAGAGCUGGCAACCCACCCAAGCCCAGGCGUGGAGGAAAGGUUGGGGACUUUGGCGACGCCAACAGCUGGCCCACUCCGGGGGAGAUUGCAACGAAAGACAUUCAGAUCGAGGCAGUGACACGGACCGUGUCCUGCCCGCCGACUGUCAGGCAGGUCAAAGACUCGUGGAGAUCCCCUGUCCACAAGAGGACGUCCACCAGGAAGGAGACCAAGGAGAAAAGGGAGAGCAACGAGGAGAGCAAGGAGAACCUGAAGGCCAAGUCGGACGACUCGGGAGAGGAGAAAAACGGCGACGACGACCCCCAGAAGAACGGGCAGAAGAAGAAAGCAAACAAACAAAAGUGGGUUCCCCUGAUGAUCGAAGUCAAGUCCGAGGGUCCCCGGGAGCGCUCGGCCUCCAGGAACAACAGCAGGCAGAACGAAAAUCCUCGCCUGCCCCCCAACGCCAGAAACGACCUCCGGGACUGGCACAGUCAGAAGUACGAGCGGGAGUGGCGUGACGACCACGACGAGGUCUCGAGCGUGAAGAGCGAGGGGGCGCCGUUUCGCGGCGGCUUCAGGGGUCGUGGACGCGGCAGAGGGCGAGGCCGGGGACGAGGCCGAGGUAGAGGCCACUACGACUACCACCAAGGCUACAAGUCCUACGACAUGAAAGACGGACCUUACGGGCAGAAGGCGGGCAACUCUGUGACGUACUACUACGACAACAUGAGCAGCAGCGACCUGUACUCUGUGGACCAGGACCUGCUGAAGGACUACAUCAAACGGCAGAUCGAGUACUACUUCAGCCUGGACAACCUGGAGCGGGACUUCUUCCUACGCAGGAAGAUGGACGAUGAAGGCUUCCUGCCUAUCGGACUCAUUGCCAGCUUCCACAGAGUGCAGGCCCUCACCACCGACCUCAACGUCAUUCUGGAAGCUCUGAAGGACAGCAAAGUAGUGGAACUGAUCGACAUGAAGAUCCGACGCAAGGUGGAGCCGGAGAAGUGGCCCCUCCCAGGACUGACUGUGCCAAACCACACCGAUUUUGCCCAACUCAUAAACUGCCCGGAGUUUGUGCCCAGACAGAUCACGGAGGAGCCCAGAGGUUCUCCCAGGGCCUCGACGCUCAUGAAGCCUACACCCAAACACGACUCUGACACGCCUUCCAACCUUAAGACGAUGCCCAAGGGCCUCUCCGCCAGCCUACCUGAUCUGGACUCCGAGUCCUGGAUAGAGGUCAAGAAGAGGCCCAGACCUUCGCCAGCCAGACCCAAGACGCCCUCCUUGCAGCAGCAGAAGGAAAAGGAAGACUCGAACCGCUCACCGCUGCCUCAGUGUGGCUCCUCCCCUUCUCCUGCCACACCAGGAAAUAAGGACGGCGGCGAGCAGGACGAGCCCGAGGAGCUGGACUUUAUGUUCGACGAGGAGAUGGAGCAGAUGGACGGUCGGCGCAACACCUUCACCGACUGGUCCGACGAGGACACGGACGGCGAGAUCGACGACCACGACGUCAACAAGAUCCUGAUCGUUACGCAGACGCCUCCCUACCUGAGGAAGCACCCGGGCGGCGACCGCACGGGACACCACACGUCACGCGCUAAGCUCUCCAGCGAGCUGGUCAAGGUGAUCAACGACGGCCUCUUCUACUACGAGAAGGACCUGUGCGACGACACGUACGAGCCGGAGUACGCCACCAUCAAGCAAGAGGUGGAGAACUUCAAGAAGGUUCACCUGAUCAGCCGCGAAGAGUUUGACUGCCUGACCCCUGAACCACCCGUCGACCCCAACCAGGAAGUGCCCCCCGGACCCCCACAACCCCAGCAGAUUCCAACCGAUGCUUUGGCGAACAAACUUUUCGGCGCCCCGGAGCCUUCGACAAUAGCGCGAUCGCUCCCGACGACCGUGCCCGACUCCCCCAACUACCGCAGUGCCCGCACGCCCCGAACCCCGCGCACGCCUCACCGGAAGGACCCCGCCCUGACGCCACGCUUCUACCCGGUGGUCAAGGAAAGCCGGCCCGUCGAUGCCAAGACGCCAAGGAAGAGGAAGACCAGGCACAGCUCCAACCCGCCAAUGGAGUGUCACGUCGGCUGGGUGAUGGACUCUAGAGAGCAUCGCUCCCGCACCGCCUCCGUCAGCUCCAACGCCAGCCCCUCAGAGGGCACACCUGCCUUAGGUAACGUCGGCUGCACGCCGCAGUCCCUCCCCAAGUUCCAGCAUCCAUCCCACGAGCUGCUCAAGGAGAAUGGCUUCACGCAACACGUCUACCACAAAUACCGCCGACGCUGCCUCAACGAGCGAAAGCGGCUGGGCAUCGGUCAGUCCCAGGAGAUGAACACGCUCUUCCGCUUCUGGUCGUUCUUCCUGCGGGAUCACUUCAACAGGAAGAUGUACGAGGAAUUCCGGCAGCUGGUGGUGGAGGACGGGAAAGAAGGAUACAGGUACGGCUUGGAGUGCUUGUUCAGGUACUACAGCUACGGUCUGGAGAAGAAGUUCAGGCCCGAGAUCUUCAAGGACUUCCAGGAGGAGACCAUGAAGGACUACGAGGCUGGUCAGCUGUAUGGACUGGAGAAGUUCUGGGCCUUCCUCAAAUAUUCCAAAACCAAGACCUUGGAGAUUGACGCCAAGCUGCAAGAGUAUCUGAGCAAGUUUAAACGUCUGGAGGACUUCAGGAUUGACCCGCCGAUGGAGGACGGAGGUCGCAGGAGGCACUCGUCCAGCGGAGACGGUCGCCGCCGCCACCCCUCCCAUCCCUCCAGCCGCCCCCCGAGCAGCUGUGGCGCCGCGGCCGCCGCCAAGGACGAGGCCAAACCCGACCCGGACGCCAAGAUGCUGAAAUAGAGGACGGCGGCCCACACCAUCAGGUCGUGUGUCGCCGGUUCUCCAGGAGGCACCGCCUCUCUUCUUUGAUGCAUCGCAGCCCCCGCCCUGCCCCCACCCCUACCCCAUCAAUUUUUUGUUUAGUCCAGGCUUAAGGAACGAGUAAAAGAACCAUGGUGGUGAGUUUUGAAGCGGUUUGUCUUAACGAGGCAAAGGAGGAGGAGUCAAAGACGUCGUCUUCACCGUUAUUUUUGUUGUUUCCUUCCUCCAUCGUCAUCGCCCUGACUUUGAUCUCAAGAUAGUUUUUUUUUUUUUUUAAGCGCCUGGGAAAGUUCUGCUGGCAUCCAAGCGGACCAAAGCGACUGCAGACCCAAAUAUUUAAUUCAGUGAACUUUUGAGGAGAGAAGACUUGAGUGUUGCCUUAUUCUAAUGCUUUUUAGCGCUUGGGGGGGGGGCGUUUGCCAGCAGAGGCCAGGAGGUGGCGCUGUCUGUCUUCCACGUGUUACAAGUCCCUGGCCUUUUCUCCCUCGCGGCUUUUGUUCUUCCACCAUGACUGGAUCCUCUCCAGGUGCUUCCUUCACGUCCCGCUCAUCCGAACCAUCAACUACAGUCUUGGAUUACUUGAAAAAAAAAAAAAAGAAGAAAAAAGAAGAAGA